UUUACCAUAAGAAAAACAAAUAAAUUCUGUGAGACGCAAUUGAGUCUUACAGUUUCCCUCGUUCACCGCUGAAAACAAUGCAGCUGUACAUAGAUGAGACCAAGACUCGUCAGCACCUCCACCACCACCAGAGCUCUCCACAGUCACAUGCUCCAGUUCCUCUCCGCCAUAAUCCACUCUCACAGACCCCGCAUCAAACAGGUUCGUUCUCUCUUCUACCACUUCUCAACCUUACCCACCACCACCGCCACUUCUUUCACUGAUCCAUCAUCACCAUCAUCUUCGAAACUCCAAAACAACGAUACCCGCUUAGAUUUAUCUUCUGUGAAAUUCAAUGGCUUUGCACAGUCUGUCAUAUUGAAUUGUUCCCAUUCUUUGGAUAAGAAGAAUGGCAAGGACUUUGCUAAUGCCUCUGUCAAGGACCUCAUUUUCUAUAUAUCCGAUAUAGAGCCCAAUACUGCGCGUAGGUUUAUUAGGAUUUCGGUACUGAAACCCGAAGACGUGCUUGGAAUAUUAUUGGGUUUUCAAUCUGAGAACGGGAAAGUUAGGAUUGGAGCUAGGAAGGUUGAGACUUUGUGGGAAAUCUUCAAGCGGGCGAAUGAACAGGAUAACGGUUUUAAGCAUCUCCCUCGGUCGUGUGAGGUCAUGGCCUCCUUGCUUAUUCAUGCGGGUAUGCUUAGAGAAGUUGAAUUCUUGCUUUCUACGAUUGAGAGUCAAGGAAUUUCAUUGGAUGGUCUUGAAAUUUUCUGUAAUUUGAUUCAAGGGUAUGCUGGUGAUGGGGAAUUAGAAAGAGCUAUUGUGGUGUAUGAACAAAUGAGGGGGCGGGGUUUUAUGCCAUCGGUGGCCUGCUGUUGUGUUCUUCUUGAUUUCUUGGUUCAAAAGAAGAAAAUUCAGUUGGCGAAUCGAGUUUGUUGGGAUAUGCUGGAGAUGAAUGCUAAUUUGAGUGAUCCGGAGAAGGCUAGUUUUGAGAAUGUCAUCAGACUACUGUGUAGAAACGGACAUAUUCAGGAAGGAAGAAAUCUUGCCAAGAAGGCUCUGGUUUCUGGUUUGGAGCCCAGUAGCUCUGUUAUUAAUGAAAUUGCUCGUGGGUACUGUGAGAAGAAGGACUUUGAGGAUCUGUUGAGUUUCUUUGCUCGCAUGAAGUGUGUUCCAACUGUUAUUGCUGGAAAUAAGAUUAUGCAUUGUCUAUGUCUCAAUUUUGGCACAGAAAGGGCAGGUUUGUUUUUACAAGAGUUGAAAGCCUUGUGUUUCAAACCCGAUGAAAUAACCUUUGGAAUUUUAAUUGGUUGGAGUUGCCAUGAAAGGAAACUGAAAAAGGCCUUCUUUUAUUUGUCAGACAUGCUGUCCAAAUGUCUGAAACCCCAUAUAUGUUCCUAUAAUGCUCUUAUCAGUGGGUUGUUUAAGGAAGGUAUGUGGAAGCAUGCCCAGGACAUUAUUCAUGAAAUGGUGGAUCGGGGAACACCCCCUGAUAUAUCAACUUUCAGAAUACUGUUAGCUGGAUUUUGCAAGGCUAGACAAUUUGAUGAAGUGAAAAGGACAGUUUGCCAGAUGGCUAGGCAUGGUUUUAUUCAGCUCUCCUCAUUAGAGGAUCCGCUUUCCAAAGCAUUUAGGGUCUUGGGGCUCGAUCCAUUAGCUGUGAGGUUGAAAAGGGACAACAAUAUCGGACUUUCUAAAACAGAGUUUCUUGAUAAUCUUGGGAAUGGUCUUUAUUUAGACACGGACCUGGAUGAUUAUGAAAAAACAGUCACCAGGGUCCUUGAAGAUUCCAUGAUACCCGAUUUUAACACACUUAUAAUGGAGCAAUGUGGUCAUCGAAAGUUUAGAAAUGCAUUGCUAAUGGUAAAUGAAAUGGUUCACUGGGGACAAGAACUGUCUUUUUCUGUCUUCUCAGCAUUAGUACAAGGGUUUUGUUCAUCCCGUUCCCAUAUCAAGGCAGUCGCUAAGCUUUUGGAGAAAAUGCCAGAGUUGGCUGAUCAGCUGGACCAAGAAACUCUCAAUUUGGUUGUCCAGGCAUACUGCAAGAAAGGAUUGAUAAACAGUGGGAAAAUAAUAUUGGACAGAAUGCUCCAAAGGCAUUUAAUUGCCAAGAGUGAGACGUACACUGCUCUAAUAUUGGGUUCAUGUAAGAAAGGGAACUUGAAGGACCUUCAUUGUUGCUGGGAAGUUGCUCAAAGAAACAAAUGGUUACCAGGGUUGAAGGAUUGUAAAGCUCUUGUGGGAUGUCUUUGCCAGAGAGAAAUGCUCAAGGAAGCAUUACAGCUUCUUGAACAUAUGCUGGUUUAUAACAUUCCUGCAGGGUUAGAUAUUUUUUCAGUGUUUCUGGAAAAUCUUUGUGCUUCUGGUUUUACAAGAAUUGCACAUGUAUUGCUGGAUGAACUUCUAAAGCAGGGUUUCAUCUUGGAUCGUGUGGCUUAUAGCCAUGUUGUAAGAGGGUUGUGUAGGGAGAAAAAAUUUUCAGCGGCCUUUAUGAUGUUGGACAAUAUGCUAGCCAAGAAUUUAGUUCCUUGCUUGGAUGUGUCUGUUUUAUUAAUUCCUCAGCUAUGUAGAGUUGGCAGAUUUGAGAAAGCUAUUGCCUUAAAAGAGAUUGCUUUAAGAGAGCAAAUUUUAGAUUCAUCUUCUUUACAAGGUGCGCUUGUAAAAGGGUUUUGUAUGACAGGAAAUGUUCGAGAAGUGGCCACUGUAUUCCAGGAUAUUCUGUUUAAGGGGCUGCUUUCAGCUGUGGAACUUUAUAACAUGCUGGUCCAAGGGCAUUGUCAAGUGAAAAACUUGAGGAAAGUUUGGGAGCUACUAGGUGGUUUUAUAAGAAAAAAUUUAAGUCUCUCAAUCUCGAGCUACAGGAAUCUGGUGCGCUUGAUGCUUUUGGAGGGUAGGGUCCCUCAUGCACUGAAUCUCACAGCGCUUAUGCUUGGACAAAGCAAGUCUCAUGAUCUCAUCAUCUACAACAUUCUCAUAUUCUAUCUCUUCGCAACGGGGAACAGUUCACUUGUCAAGAAUAUAUUAUAUCAAUUGCAAGAAAAGGAACUACUGCACAAUGAAGUUACUUAUAAUUUUCUUAUUUAUGGGUUUUCUCAGUGUAAAGAUGUAUCAAGUACUGCACACUGUCUUUCUACUAUGAUUUCUAAGGAACUUAGGCCCAGUAAUCGGAGCUUGAGAAGAGUAAUAAGCAGCCUGUGUGGUGCUGGGGAGCUUGGAAAGGCCUUGUACUUGAGUCAAGAAAUGGAAUUAAGAGGCUGGGUUCAUGGUUCAAUCAUUCAAAAUGCAAUUGUUGAGGGCCUUAUCUCUCUUGGUAAGCUUCAUGAAGCAGAAGAUCUGUUGGACAGGAUGGUUGAAAAAUGUCUAAUUCCUGACAAUAUCAAUUAUGAUAAUCUGAUUAAGCGCUUCUGUUUGCUCGAUAGACUGAACAAGGCAGUUGAUCUUCUGAACAUAAUGUUGAAGAAAGGAACUGUCCCAAAUUCUAGUAGUUACGAUUCAGUAAUUCAAGGUUUCUGUACCCAAAAUAGAUUGGAUGAAGCCAUGGAUUUUUAUACUGAGAUGUUAUAUAGGGAUCUUAAGCCUAGCAUCAAAACUUCUGGCAUGCUUGUUCAUGCCUUAUGCCAAAAUGGGAGAACUGCAGAAGCUGAAAAUUUACUAAUUUCUAUUCUUCAGGUUGGUGAAAGUACAAGGGAGAUGUACUGUGCUGUAGUUAAUAGGAAUCGCUUAGAAAACAAUCUCAAGAAGGCAUCGGAGCUCAUGCAUGUGAUGCAACAAAGGGGUUAUGAUCCAGACUUUGAGACACACUGGUCUCUCAUAAGCAAUUUAAGCAAUUCCAGUGACAAGGACGAUUGCAACAACAACCAGGGCUUUCUGUCAAGUCUGCUUUCCGUAAGUGGAUUUGCUGGCAAAAGGGGUUCCAAGGCCGAACUGGGAUAAUUCGGCAACAUCAAACUGGGCUUUUUGAGUUCUAUUCAAUUUAGGCUGUGGUCGGUUCUCCCUAGAAACUUCAAACGGUUGCUUCUGAGCGUACUGGUUUCACUAACUCUAUUUUCCGUGAGGCUAUUGGAGUACUGGACGUAAUCAUGUUGGACAGACGGUCUUAUUGAAACCUUAAACUUUGUUGAGAAGUGUUAACACCCAUUUUGUUGCAAUAUGUUUCCAUUGCCGUGGUGCUUUUGCUAAAAUAAGGCAUGUACUAGAACUGCAAAACAAUUUAGACUUCUACAUUUUGUAAGCCCGUUAGAUAGAGUAGAACAACUGUAGAAUUACUAAUUGAGAUCAUUUCCAGUGUACAAUGACCAUCGUAUUAUCAAAAAUCGAAUAUGCGACGCAUCUUUAAGAG